UCUUCCGCAUAUCAUUCUCUUACGCCAAUGGCUCAGAAGACAGACGAUCUCUAUGCUGUUGCAGAUUUCUGCCUGGUGCCAAUGGGCACCGCAGAACCAUCCGUCGCAGAGUAUGUUGCGGAGUGCGCUCGCGUGCUUGACAAGACCGGAUUAAAGCACAAGAUGCAUGGUUACGGAACCAACAUAGAGGGCCCGUGGUCCGCCGUUAUGCAAGCCAUUCAUGAUUGUCACGCCGCGGUGCAUGCGAAGGGCGCGCCGCGCAUUGCGACUGACAUUCGCAUUGGCACGCGAGUCGACAAGGAGAUCGAGCCGGGCACAGGCAACGAAGGCAAGGUCAAGCGGGUCGAGGACAUUCUUGCGCGCGAUCAGAAGGCAUAAUUUGUUAUUCACUAAAAUGACGCAGAUGAGUGUGAAUAGCAGGAAACCAUGAUCUUGUAUAUUAGCUGUCCCUAGAUUAGAACAGAACGACUGAGGUCCAAAGAAUGCUUGC